AUGAAGAAAAUGUUCAGUUUAUCACUUCAGACAAACUUAGUAUCAGCUAAACCACCAGCUUCUACUAAUUCCAAACAUCUUCGCAAAUCUAAAACUCCAGAAAUUGCCUCAGUGGAACUGGUUCUGUUAGUCAGAGAGUGGAAUGAAACAGCCAUCACAAGAAAUAGUGAAGAAUCACUGAAAAUUUUGGAUAAAUAUUGUCAGGAUGUGAAGGAUGUGGUGAAGAGUAUGGAAAAGAAACUGAGUUCAGUUGCCUUAUCAUGUGAUAUUCCAUUACAACUGAAUCGCAAUACCCCAAAACUCGAAAUCACAGUACAGCUUAUGAUGUCGUCCAGUGAAAUGGAGAAAGCGUUCUCGUCAAAAGCCUGGUUCAGACUAUUCAAAGAAUCAGUCAAACCUGGAACAAUCCCAGUUGAUGAUGAUAAGUGGCCAACGGCUAUUGUGUCAGUAACGAAAAAGGUAUGGAGAAACACAGAAUACACACUGUCCUAUCCUGUGACAUUUCAAAAACUCCCCAACGGUUGGUGCCAAAAGGUGGAGAAACAGGUGUCAAAGUUAUAUCCUGGGUUGAAAGAAACAAUUGAGAAAUGUUCAUUGAAUAAGGCGACAAAAUCAAUCCAGUUGAAGUUAUCAAAUCAGAAGCUUUUAGAAAAGGGUUACCUUAGUUCACGCAAUGUUCUCUUUUGGCGUUUCCUAUUUGGUGUUACUGAAGUACAGUUGGCUGAUGUAAACUCAGAGGUUCUCAUAGCUGAAAUAGAACUUUCAGUCAAACCGUUGGUAAUUGGAGACUACAACAAAUCAGACCGUCGAUUCUUAGCAAUCUUAGACAACCUCUGCAAAGAUGUAAAAGAAGUAGUGAAGAGAACAGAGCCCAGAUUGAGCUCAAUUCCACUGUCAUGUGAUAUCCCCCAGUUGGAUCCAAAUCAACUAAAUACUCCUAGUAACAUUAUAGUACUACUGGCAAUGCCACAUACUGAAAUGCAGCAGGUAUUUCCGUCAGAAGACUGGUUUGACAGUUUACAAUCAUCCCUUGAAUCUGCAAGUAUAUUAGAAAGUGAUAAAUGGAUAACUGGUAAGUGA